AUGAACGGUGAGAGAGAAGCCUCGGGCAAUUGUUUUGCGGCCUUCGUGAGCUCGUUUCCGCAGGUGAAGCACGCCCUGUGCACGCUGUGGUCAAAACCGGCGUGCGCCAUAUUUGCCGACAACAAGACGUGGGCGGAGCGGAUGGAGGGCUUCGCCCUGAAGGCAGCCCCGAGAUGGGUCGCGCCUCAAGCUUUGCAUGGCCACAAGGCGCAGCUCGGGGAGCUGGCACGCACGCUCCUGAACAAGGCUCGUUUACCUGACACAGAGGACGAUAGGGCUUCAUGA